AGCAGAAGUGAGUACGUGAGCGGCGCAGCAAGAUCCCAGCUCGUACCCCGGACGGCACGCGCUCCUGAAGCCCCGGAUCCGUGUCGGGCCCAAGGCGAACCUACAGAUUACUACUGUGUCCCCUGAACCACGACCAUCUGCACCCUGUCGCACCGGUCCGUCUCCCCGAAUCCUUCGGCACUGAGCUCCCUAGCACUCCGGAUCCUCCUGGACCGGUCCGUCCAGAUUCCCGCAGGACCGACCUGCCCGCAUCUCCCGAGAUCGCUGGGCUCGGGGCGCCGCCUCGGUCCCGGAGCCAUUCGCCUAGAUUGCGCUCCCUCCUUGCCCGCACCUCCUGGGACCAUACGUGAACCUUCCCCAGAGCCAGCGGAGCAGAUCUUCCUUCGGGUACCUGCAGCCCCGCGGGCGGGGCCCGGCCCGGCGCGGCCCGGCUCGGCUCCCGGAGCCACUCCGGCCAUGGCCAGAGCCCGCCCGCCGCCGCCGCCGCCGCCGCCGGGGCUUCUGCCACUGCUCCCUCCGCUGCUGCUGCUGCUGCCGCUACUGCUGCCCACCGGCUGCCGGGCGCUGGAAGAGACCCUCAUGGACACGAAAUGGGUAACAUCUGAGUUGGCGUGGACAGCUCAUCCGGAAAGUGGGUGGGAGGAGGUGAGUGGCUACGAUGAGGCCAUGAACCCCAUCCGCACGUACCAGGUGUGUAAUGUACGCGAAUCAAGCCAGAACAACUGGCUCCGCACAGGGUUCAUCUGGCGGCAAGACGUGCAGCGGGUCUACGUGGAACUCAAGUUCACUGUGCGUGACUGUAAUAGCAUCCCUAACAUCCCUGGCUCCUGCAAGGAGACCUUCAACCUCUUCUACUAUGAGGCUGACAGUGACGUGGCCUCGGCCUCCUCCCCCUUCUGGAUGGAGAACCCCUAUGUGAAAGUGGACACCAUUGCACCUGAUGAGAGCUUCUCGAGGCUCGAUGCUGGCCGUGUCAACACCAAGGUGCGCAGCUUCGGGCCACUUUCCAAGGCUGGCUUCUACCUAGCCUUCCAGGACCAGGGUGCCUGCAUGUCACUCAUCUCUGUGCGUGCCUUCUACAAGAAAUGUGCAUCCACCACCGCAGGCUUUGCGCUUUUCCCUGAGACCCUCACUGGGGCGGAGCCAACCUCACUGGUCAUUGCUCCUGGCACCUGCAUCCCUAAUGCUGUGGAGGUGUCAGUGCCACUCAAGCUCUACUGCAAUGGCGACGGGGAGUGGAUGGUGCCUGUGGGCGCCUGCACCUGUGCUACCGGCCAUGAGCCAGCUGCCAAGGAGUCCCAGUGCCGCCCCUGUCCCCCUGGGAGCUACAAGGCGAAGCAGGGAGAGGGGCCUUGUCUCCCCUGCCCCCCUAACAGCCGCACCACAUCACCAGCUGCCAGCAUCUGCACCUGCCACAAUAACUUCUACCGCGCGGACUCAGACUCUGCAGACAGUGCCUGUACCACGGUGCCAUCCCCACCCCGGGGUGUGAUCUCGAAUGUGAAUGAGACCUCACUGAUCCUCGAGUGGAGUGAGCCCCGGGACCUGGGUGGCCGCGAUGACCUCCUGUACAAUGUCAUCUGCAAGAAGUGCCAUGGGGGCCAUGGGGCUGGGGGGCCCUCGACCUGUUCACGGUGUGAUGACAAUGUGGAGUUUGUGCCUCGGCAGCUGGGCCUGACAGAACGCCGGGUCCACAUCAGCCAUCUACUGGCCCACACACGCUACACUUUUGAGGUGCAGGCAGUCAACGGUGUCUCGGGCAAGAGCCCUCUGCCGCCCCGCUAUGCUGCUGUGAAUAUCACCACCAACCAGGCCGCCCCAUCCGAAGUGCCUACACUACGCCUGCACAGCAGCUCAGGCAGCAGCCUGACCCUGUCCUGGGCUCCCCCGGAACGGCCCAACGGAGUCAUCCUGGACUAUGAGAUGAAGUACUUUGAGAAGAGUGAGGGCAUCGCCUCCACAGUGACCAGCCAGAAGAACUCUGUGCAGCUGGAUGGGCUGCGGCCAGAUGCCCGCUACGUGGUCCAGGUCCGUGCCCGGACAGUAGCUGGCUACGGGCAGUACAGCCGCCCAGCUGAGUUUGAGACCACAAGUGAGAGAGGUUCUGGGGCCCAGCAGCUCCAGGAACAGCUCCCCCUCAUUGUGGGCUCUGCGACAGCUGGGCUUGUCUUCGUGGUGGCUAUCGUGGUCAUUGCUAUUGUCUGCCUCAGGAAGCAGCGGCACAGCUCUGACUCGGAGUACACGGAGAAGCUGCAGCAGUACAUUGCUCCUGGAAUGAAGGUAUAUAUUGACCCUUUCACCUAUGAGGACCCUAAUGAGGCUGUUCGGGAGUUUGCCAAGGAGAUUGAUGUGUCCUGUGUCAAGAUUGAGGAGGUGAUUGGAGCUGGGGAAUUUGGGGAAGUGUGCCGUGGUCGGCUGAAACAGCCUGGCCGCCGAGAAGUGUUUGUGGCCAUCAAGACACUGAAGGUGGGCUACACUGAGAGGCAGCGGCGGGACUUCCUGAGUGAGGCCUCCAUCAUGGGUCAGUUUGAUCACCCCAACAUAAUCCGGCUGGAGGGUGUGGUCACCAAAAGUCGGCCGGUUAUGAUCCUCACGGAGUUCAUGGAGAACUGUGCCCUAGACUCCUUCCUCCGGCUCAACGAUGGGCAGUUCACAGUCAUCCAGCUGGUGGGCAUGUUGCGGGGCAUUGCUGCUGGCAUGAAAUACCUGUCUGAGAUGAACUACGUGCACCGCGACCUGGCUGCCCGCAACAUCCUUGUCAACAGCAACCUGGUCUGCAAAGUCUCAGACUUUGGCCUCUCCCGCUUCCUGGAAGAUGACCCCUCUGAUCCUACCUACACCAGCUCCCUGGGUGGAAAGAUCCCCAUUCGCUGGACUGCCCCGGAAGCCAUAGCCUAUCGGAAGUUCACUUCUGCUAGUGAUGUCUGGAGCUAUGGAAUUGUCAUGUGGGAGGUCAUGAGCUAUGGAGAGCGACCCUACUGGGACAUGAGCAACCAGGAUGUCAUCAAUGCUGUGGAGCAGGAUUACCGGCUGCCACCACCCAUGGACUGCCCAACAGCACUGCACCAGCUCAUGCUGGAUUGCUGGGUGCGGGACCGGAACCUCAGGCCCAAAUUCUCUCAGAUUGUUAAUACCCUGGACAAGCUCAUCCGCAAUGCUGCCAGCCUCAAGGUCAUUGCAAGUGCCCAGUCUGGCAUGUCACAGCCCCUCUUGGACCGCACAGUCCCAGAUUAUACAACCUUCACAACAGUUGGUGAUUGGCUGGAUGCCAUCAAGAUGGGGCGGUACAAGGAGAGCUUUGUCAGUGCAGGGUUUGCAUCCUUUGACCUGGUGGCCCAGAUGACCGCAGAAGACCUGCUUCGGAUAGGGGUCACCUUAGCUGGCCACCAGAAGAAGAUCCUCAGCAGUAUCCAGGACAUGCGGCUGCAGAUGAACCAGACACUGCCCGUGCAGGUCUGACCCCAGCUCCUACUGGAGGGUGCCCCCCGAAGACGUGCAGGGAUGCUGAGCAGUCGGCUGAACUUUUGGACUUUUGGAUGCCUAGCCUUAGGCUCUGGCCCAGAAGAUAGAAGUUUGGGGAGAGCCCAAGCUGGGACUUCUCCAGGCCUGCGCUCCCUCCCAGGGAAGUGUGCCCCAAACCUCUUCAUAUUGAAGAUGGAUUAGGAGAGGUGGUGAUGCCUCUCCCCAGACCUCUUGGGGCUCAGGCCUUCCUGCUUUACAGUGGAGGAAUCCCCCAAACCUCAAACUUGUCUAUUCUUCAAUGCUGGAGGUCCUGACAGGGUCAGGUGGGGAGUAAACCUGGGUUCCAUAGGGCCCAGCCCUGGCAGGGGUCUGGCCCCCCAGGUAGGCAGAGCUGUCCCUCCUUCAGGAACUAGAGGAGGGGACUCUGGGAAUGGGGAACGUGACACCCCCAUCCUGAAGCAAGCUCCAGUUUGGACAGGGACUUUUUCUGGGAGCUGUGGGCCCUGUCCCCGCCCCCACCCUUGGUGCUGUCAUAAAAGGGCAGGCAGGGGCAGGCUGAGGAGCAGCCCCCGUACCCCCAGAGACUGACUCUCAGAGCCAGAGAUGGGAUGUAUGAGUGUGUGUAUGUGUGUGUGUGUGUGUGCGCGCAUGCUUGUGCAUGCGCUGGCCUGCACAGAAAAUAUGGAUGAGUGUGUAAAAGCUUGGCCCUAUGUCCUGCAGUGGGGCCAGCUGGUUCAACAACAGAAUAAAGGCAAUAAGAUGA